AUGUACUGCAAAGUUGAAAACUUCACCACAUUCAAUUUUGUAAACCCAAUUGACAACAGUAUGAGCUACCAGUAUGUGCUUUAUGAUCUCGAGCAAAAUGUAGUCCGUUUUCAAAAGGAGGGGGUGGUUACUAGUGUCCAUGGAAAAUCCCGAUUUCAGUUUAUUCUUUUCAAUCCCUUCACAAAAGCGACUAUCAACUCCCAGAAUUGCCAGUUCAGUGCGCCUUUUUUAGCCAUCUCGUUCUCCUCCUUACCUACAUCACCAGACUGCAUUGUUUUUGCCAUCACACAAGAUAUGGAUGGCCAGGUCCGAAUCUACUUCAUUAAAAAGGGAGAAGCAUUCUGGAGUUCUUGCCCCUUUGCUAAUACUGAUGCCGACAAGUACAUACCGCCACUUAACACUCCAGUUUUCUACAAUGGGGAUUUCUAUUCGGUAGACUACAACGGAAGCUUGGCAGUAUUUAAGGUAGAUGGUAAUGGUAUUAAUUGGAAAGUUCUUGAAAAACCCCACAAGCCAUUUGAUUCUAUUUAUCCAAGUUUCUUGGUUGAGUGUGAUAGAGAGCUUUUAUUAGUAAAGAUGGGACGUCUUGGAACGUUGUUUGGGAUUUUCAGAUUGGAUUCCUCCCGGAUGGAUUGGAUUAAGAUUGAGAAUUUGGGAAAGUUCAUGUUGUUCGUCAGCCACACCUCAUGUUUCUCAGUGAUCGCUCCUCCAAAUAGUCGCAUGAAGAACAAAGUCUAUUUCCCUAGAUUAUGCAUGAACGGGGAAGGGGUGCUAUUUUAUUGUCUUGAAACAGGUAGUUACCGGUCUUUUGGAAGUCGACAUUCUGCCUCAGAUUUUUCUGACACACAAGGUUGGUACUUUAACUGCACUUGGAUCCAAGAAAACAACCGCGCCAACUCCACUGAUCAAGAGCUUGACUGGGUGAAGUGUCCUUCCUCACGCGCUAGCUCGACCUCCACAUCUCAAGGGCUUGUCAAUGGUCCUCCUUACAAGAAAUUUACUUAG